AUGAAUGAAAGUAAUGCAUUACGUAUUCUCAAUUUGCCUGGGAAUUAUCUAUCAGGAAGCCUUCUAGAUUGUUGGAUACAUGGGCAAAAUUUGAUUUAUCUUAAUUUAAGAAGCAACCAAUUGUCUGGUCAAAUCCCUAAGUCAAUUGGCCAUCUAAUUAACCUCAACUGGUUAUUUUUGGAUUAUAAUAACUUGUCUGGUGAGAUACCUCAAUCCUUCCAGAAUUGCACAAGUUUGAUUUUUCUGGAUCUUGGGAACAACUCACUAUCUGGGAGCAUACCGACAUGGUUGGGGGAAAGUUUAGAGAAUCUGCGGGGGAUUUCGUUACAUCAUAAUGCUUUCAAAGGAAAUAUACCAUUGCAGCUUUGCCAAUUGAGAGACCUAUCUUUCUUGGACUUCUCUUUCAAUUCACUAUCAGGGCCUAUUCCACUAUGCAUCAAUAAUUUUUUUCCAAUGGCUGAGAAAGAAGCUGAAAUUGUUCAAGAAGCUUUUUCUAUAUAUCGGUAUGAUCGCCUAAAAAGCCGCAUGUGGAAAUUAGGAAUUAAUUAUUUCUUGGACAAGUCUAUGGAUCUUUCACAUAACAUGCUAAGUGGGGAGAUCCCAAGAGAAGUUACAACCUUAAUUGGAUUGACGCAUCUAAAUCUUUCCAACAAUUAUCUGAAGGGAGCUAUUCCUUGCGAUAUUGGAGUCAUGAAAUCCUUAAAUUCUCUAGAUUUAUCAAGCAACCAGCUUUCUGGCACCAUUCCUUCCGGCAUUUCUGAUGUAACUUAUCUUGAAGAGUUGAAUUUGUCAUAUAACAAUUUGUCUGGGAAAGUUCCCUCACCCAAUAAUUUUAGUGCACAUGCAUUUAUCGGAAAUCAUAAUUUAUGCGGUCCUCCACUUACAAAGAAUUGCUCUGCAAAUGAGUCACUGGAAAAAACAGAAUGCAACAGUGACAGGAAAUCAGAAGGCCAAAAUGAUGGAAUUCAAGAAAAGGAACAUAGGCAUGGAUUUGACCCUUUCAAGGAGAAGCCUUCGUUCUACAUCAGUGUGGCUAUUGGAUUUUUUACGGGGUUUUGGGGAUUUUGGGCUACUUUAGUCUUCUGUAAAUCAUGGAGGCAUGCCUACUUCUGUUUCUUGGGCAACAUGGGUGACAAAAUUUGUGUGUGCGUUGUAGUUACCACGGCUAGGCUGCGAAGGAAAUUUCAGAGGGAUCAAGUUGUUGAGUGA